AUGUUCUUCCUCUCUGGGUCGGCUCUUUGGAAAAGCUCCGUCCUCUGGUCACCAGUAGGUCCUUUGCUGUCUGGCCAGCGCGCUGUGCUCAGAGGCGGGCUUCCCGUGGGCGCACGGUCGCGGCCAACCUUCCCGCGCGAGCUCCCGGGUGUUCUGCUUCUGGCCUCGCCAUUCACGAGGCCCCUCGGGCCGACGGCGCGGUCACCCGGACGGCGUAACCGGACGAGCCUCGGCCCGCGGUUAGGGGUGAAUGGGCGGCAGCCGGCGGGCUCGAGAGACAGGAUGCGCCGAGGAGGAUGCACCCGGCAGGGCGCACGGCGCGGCGCGCGCGGAGCUCGGCGCGCGGUGCCUUCAACACCAUGGACAGGUCGCGCGAUCGGGGCUCACCACCAGCCCCGCAGCCAGCCCCGGGGGCGUCAUGCCGGUCUCCCCAGCGCAGUCUCCUUCCUGAGUAUCCACCCGAGAGGUUCCAGACCCGCCUCUCCCGCGAUGCCUCUGCCUCACUUCAUCUGGCUCCCAAGUAGCCCCAGGAACCUGCUGCUCAGGUGCAAAGAAAAUGCUGCAGGCACCGAGGAAAACAGCGGUCCCGGCCCUUCAAAACAAUCCGCCCCCUUCUCCCGCCACAGCCCGGCACUGGAGCUGUCUGCUCUGCCCAACUGGGGUCAGCCGCUCUCAGACUGCACCAUUUUCUUCGCAGCCCACCCAGGAGCCGAGGCGCCGGCUCACUUGGCGGCGCGCGGAGAAUCCCGUCCGGGCCUCGGCGUCCCGCGAUCAGGCUCCCAGCGCGCGGCGGCCGCCGAGAGAGAGGCAGAGCAUGAAUGGGGGAGGGGCAGAGAGAGAGGAAGACACAGAAUCCGAAGCAGGUUCCAGGCUCCAAGCUGUCAGGAAGGAGCCCGACACGGGGCUUGAACUCACAGACCAUGAGAUCAUGACCUGAGCCGAAGUCGGAAGCUCAACCAACUGAGUCACCCAGGCGCCCCACAAAUUCUUAAAACAAAACUUAUAUUUGGGAUUUUGUAUGUUAUAUUCAAGCAUUGUAACGAUCACCUAUGACAAGUUAUUGUUAGUGCAAAAAAUGCAAAAAAUAUUACUUUUAUCAUGUAAAAUAUUAUCAUAUAUGUCAUGAUUUUUACUGUCAAAGUAAUAUGUAGAUCCACAAUACCUAUUCAGUUCUUCUUUCAAAUAUUCCAGUGCUAGAAAGAAAAAUACGAAAAAUUGCAGUCCAUUGCUUAAUUUGUUCAAAUCUCUCCACAGUCAAGACCAUAUCUUGAUCUAUAACAGUCGGAAAAUAGUUACUACAGACAUUACUUUGGCUUAUUCGUACAUGAAGCCUCUUCUUUCAAGUCAUGAAAACAUUUGCAUUUCCUUGUUCUAAUUCUCUUAUAUUUUAUUAGGAUAUCACAUUUGAUUCCAUAUGCACUCUAUUUUUAUUUAGAAAACCAUUUUCUUUAAAAUUUAAAAGUAUUUUUAAUCCCUUUAAGUGAGAAAUCACCAAACUUAGGUUUUCUUUUGCUUAUACCAUUAAUAGCAAGUAAUAGUUUGUAUCAAAAAAUUGUGGACAGCACAAGUCCUAAAUUAAUUUUAUCUUCCACAAAGACCACAUUCUUGCUCUAGAUUUGAGGACAUUCUAUUGUUUCAUUUAGCUUUCCUAAUAUAUCUUACAUCCUUUCUACAUUAAAUUUAAUGGCUUUAGUCAGCA